AUGUCGGCCAUGCGGAAACACAACGUCGCUACCUUCCCUCGCCCGCCCAUCGUGGAGAGGGUGAACCGUCACAUCGUCAUCAAGUGGCACGGCCACCUAUUAGUCGAUUGCCCACCCGGAGAGGGUUUCUGGGUGUUGGAGACUCAUCACGCUCCUGUUUACUACGUCCCUCCUAGCAGGGUCAAGCUGCCUCUCUGCACAACUCCUCGCUCGACCUUCUCCGAGUUCUAUGGCGCUGCCACGUACUAUGCCAUCAUGAGCCCCAUCUCGGCGGCCGAGACCAUCAGCAACCGCAUCUGGUCGUACAACGAGCCGCCCAAGGAGUACGAGGCCAUCAAGGGCCUGCUUGCUUUCUUCGUCGGUCCCUGGGAAUGUUAUGUCGACAAUGAGCGUGCUCAGCCGCCGCCGGGCGAUUUCUAUGGCGGCUGGGUCACCAGCGACAUUGAGGGUCUGGUCAAGAGCCCCCACCAGUGGGGUACCGGCUGGGAGCCCGUCUUCUGA